CCUUCCCCUUCCCAGACAACGAGGGGGACUGCGAGGACCUGGAAAAUGGGGUUUUUGGGGUCAGAAUUCCAUCUUCUCUUCCCAAACAACGAGGGGGACUCCAAGGAUGUGGAAAACAGGGUUUGGGGGGUCAGAAUUCCCUGAUUUUCCCUUCCCCUUCCCAGAAAACGAGGGGGACUGCGAGGACCUGUCCCGGGCCCUGCGGCUGGUGAAGGAGCUGCUGUCGGGGGUGGACGAGGAGGUUCACGCCUGGGAGCUGCGGGGGCGGCUCUGGGACGUUUACAGGCGGGUGGACCCCCGGGCCAAGGUGCCCCUGCCCUGGGAGAGCCGGCCCGGGGCCUUCGGCAGGGACGAGCUGCUCCGCAGGAAACUCCUGCACAGCGGCGGGAUGCUCUGGAAAACCGCGGCGGGGAGGUUCAAAGACAUCCUGGUGCUGCUGAUGACGGACGUGCUGGUUUUCCUGCAGGAGAAGGACCAGAAAUACACCUUCCCCAUGCUGGUGAGACCCCUGGAAUUCCACCCUGGAAUGCCAGCUUCCCACCCCUCAUCCCUGAAAACCAGGGGGACUGUGCAGACCUGGAAAACCUGGGAUUGGAGG